AUGGCGACGGUGCAAGACGUGCGCGAAGACCUCGCCCGCGUCACCCAGUCCACCCGCAUCGCCAUCCGCUGUCUCACCAGCGGCCGAGACGCCCAUGAUUCAGCGCAAAAGGCCCUCUCGGUCCUAGUCGACAUCCUCGACCUUCUAUAUUGCGUCAGGGAUCGGAUCAGCUGGGGGGAGGAUAAAUGGCUUGUUGAGCCCGCGCGCCUCAACGCCCUGGCCGAGAUGCUGUCGUGGUUCGAAGCGACACUCAAAUCCAUCGAGCUGUACUUCCAGCCCGGUGGGGUGUCGGUGUACUACUUUCGAAAGCAUUUGCUGGGAAUCACAUUUCUGCCCCGGUUUGAGCAAUACAAGAUUCUGCUGCUGCUGGCCACGCAGCCUGAGUCUAGUGACCGAGCCACUCUGAAUCGAACCAUCAGAAACAGCCUAAAAAUGUGUCGGGAUGUGGAAUCCGGACCCAAAGUCGACCUUCAGUUCGAAGAAGAUGCGUUGGGCCUUACGAGUCGCUUGGCAUCGGAAAACUUCAUCACCUUAGCUGAUCUGUGUAAUCGAAGACUCCAAGGUACUUGCCGCUGGAUCUUCGAUGAGGCUCAAUAUAAACAAUGGCUGCUUGCGUCUUUCCGAACGUUGUACUGUGUUGGUCCGCCUGGUGCAGGCAAGACGUUUCUAUCAUCUGCGAUUAUCGACUCCCUUCAAAGAACUUUCACUUCGCCUGAUGUUGCUACAGUAUAUGUCUUCUGUCAAGAGGAGAAGGAGAAGGAACAAACGUCCAUGAGCAUUCUCCGAAACAUCCUCGCACAACUCGUUUAUCGCAAACGAAGUUUGUCCUAUGCAACCUCAUCUCUAUAUUAUUCAGAAUCACUCAUGAAAGGGAGGGCAUCCCCCAAGGCGUACCAGAACGCCAUACGAGCGGAAGUAAACCGAUUUUCAAAAGUGUUCUUUGUUGUUGACGGACUGGAUAUGUUUUCAGACAAGGAGCGUAUCUUGACUCGACUUCAAAAGCUUCCCGAUCACACACAACUCCUGGUAACAUUACGGGAAAGAAACCAAAUUGACAGCGAUUCCGGCUACGUGAACGUGUUGGCGUCGCCUGAAGACCUCCAGCUCUACACAAUAUCACGAAUUCAGAAUGAUCCAGGGCUCAAGAACUUUUGCAACCAGGGGCCUUCUGAUGCCCAACUACGGUGGGAAGUUGUCCGUUCAGUGCUGGAAAAAAGUCAUGGGGUUCGAGCAUCGAUAGCUGACUACAGGUGUUUACUUAGCUUUCUUCUCACCAAAAUACACCUGGACUUGCUCUCCCGAUAUACAGAUCAUAGUCUUCUUGAAAGAGCUAUCAUGCACCUUCCCGAGAGCUUGAGCGAAGCAUACGGCGAAGCAAUGAAGCAAGUUGUGAGCCAGAACCCGAUUGCAACUCGACACGUCUAUUGGACCUUGUAUGCCCUUCGGCCCCUAUCUGUCUCAGAGCUCAAAGAGGCCACUCAAGGGAGCAUCGCAAACGAGGGAAAGGAGGAAACCGCCACCUUUGAGCAGUCCUUGCAGAGUCAGAGUGCUGGGCUCCUGACAGUAGAUGCUGUUACAGGCACUGUGCGCUUCGUGCAUAAGACUGCCAGAGAAUAUCUGAACGGGACAGCUGCUCGAGUCUUCUUCCCUUCCGCGCAAAGAAAUAUUGCCGAGGUCUGUCUCACGGCCAUCAUUCCAGAUGAGGUUGUCGACGACUGUUAUUAUAUAGGAGGAACAGCGCCUCGUGGCUCAAGCAGUGGCUUCCUGAGCUAUGCUGCCAAGUAUUGGGGUUAUCAUGCACGCGAGGUCACCGAAGAUGAGCAAGCGAUUCAGGUUCUGAUCAAGGCAUUUCUUAACAAGCUGCUUUGGAGACGACCUCCUGUGAAAGGAUUAGUCCGAGACAAGAAUUUGCCAACAGAUCUAGGCCUGGGAAAAUAUCCGGACGACUGGAGCGCGUUGCACAUUUUGGCUUUCUUCGGAAUCGCCGAGAAAUUCAAGCGCUUAUUGGUACAGGGUGGCCAGGUUGAUGCUCGAGAUAACUUUCUGCAAAUUACACCCUUACACUGCGCCGCAUAUCGAGGAAACGACGAUAUGGUCGAAUUCCUGCUCGAGAACGGAGCCGACGGCAAUGCGAUCACCGAUAAUGGGAGCACGGCUUUGCACCUGGCCACCGAGUACGGGCAAAGAAAGGCGAUGAAAUUAUUGCUUACCCAUCAUGUCAAUACGCAGAUCGCCAACAAACAAGGAGCCACAGGACUUCAGAUAGCGGUCGGAACAGCUGCUGAUGAGGCAACUGUCCCCCUGCUUGUCAAGAACAAAGUGGAUGUGAAUGUACGAAAUAUUCGAACCGGUGACACGGCCCUACACCUGGCCGUUGAGUGGAAACGACCUCGAAUCAUACUCUUCCUCGUUGAUAAAGGUGCGACAAUUGAUAUGACGAAUGAAGAUGGGUUUACCCCUCUUCAAUUAGCAGCAAAAUUAGACAACUGCGAGGCGAUUGCAUUGCUGCUUCAGCGUGGUGCCCAAGUUGAAGCGCGUUCUCUCUCUGGGGUGACUGCUUUACAGAUUGCAGCGCAUGAAGGCCAUUGGAUCGCAUUUGAUUUAUUGCUUAUCGGCGGUGCAGAUGUUAAUUCAUGGAAUAAAGAAGGCGAAACUUUGCUUCACGAACAAGCAAGAAAUUCACGAAACCCUUCAGUUGCUGCAAAAUUACUAGAGCAUGGGGGUAAUAUUGAAGCUCGUACGUCACAAGGAUAUACGCCGCUUCAAUGCGCUGCCACGUCUGGAAACGUGAGCAUGUUCAAGUUCCUGCUGGAAAGAGGCGCAAAGCUGAACGUGGAAACGGCCAAGGGGGAGUCUCUACUCCAUAUUACGCCGCCAGUAAACCAUGACUGCCUUGAAAUUCUCAAGAUUGCUCUUGAACACGGUCUAGACAUUAAGACCACUUCCAGCCAGGGCUGGAUGCCUCUCCACCAAGCGGUGUACGUAGGGACCGCCGUUUCAGAUCUCGCCUUUGACAAGACAUCUGAUUAUAUCACUCUCCUCCUGAGCCACGGCGCGGAUAUUAACGCACCUGCAGCAUCAGAAACAGCAGAGACACCACUUCAUCUUGCAGCCAUGGCUAUCAUCCCACGAACUGCCUUGGUGUCGCUGCUCCUGAGACUUGGCGCCGACAUCAACGCGAUGACCAGUGAAGGGAAAACAGCCCUCCACCUCGCCGCCGAACGUGGUCGAGAAUCCGUUUUCCGUGCCCUCCUCGACGCGGGCGCUGAUAUGUCUCUCGAGGUUCCUGAUAGUGCAAGAGCAGUCGACGGGUUUGGCUCAAGAGCUGGGCACACAGCCAUCGACCUCGCGCGAAAAAACCCCUUUGGUGUUCUAUGGUUCGAUGAGGCGGGUGAGCUGCGGCCAACGCAAGAAUUGAAGCGACGAGAUAGUGUGGAGACCAUCAUCGAAGACAUGAAUGCGGAGAACUCGGAUGAUGAAACGGGGGAGUCGACAUUGGUGGGUAGUGAGCAGCCGUACAUAAUUGUUUGA